UGGCGGCCGUUGGCGGCCGUUGGCGGGGGCCGUUGCGGGGCCUGGCGGAGGGGGGAGGGGGGCGGCGGGCCAUGGCGGGCAAGGCGGCGCAGGGCGAGCCGCUGGGGCGCACGGCGGAGGAGGUGGCGUGGGCGGAGGCGCUGCGCGGGGCCUGCGAGCCCGAGCAGCACUGGCGGCACCGGCGGGAGUUCCUGCUGCGCAACGUCGGGCGGCCGCCGGCGGCCGGCAGCGCCGAGCUGCAGCGCCUCGUGUCGCUCUCCAUGGUGUGGGCCAACCACGUCUUCCUGGGCUGCCGGUACCCGCCGCAGGUCAUGGAGAAGGCGCUGGAAAUGGCCGAAGGCAUCCAAGUGAGCGACGCGCCCGUCCGCACCACGAGAGACGAACUGGUUGCCAAGGUGAAGAAAAGAGGCAUAUCAAGUAGCAAUGAAGGGGUAGAGGAGCCCCCCAAGAAACGAGCUGUUGAGAAAAGCAGAGACGCUACGGAUACUGAGAAGGAUGUGAAAACACCCGAGGCAGAAUCCCCAAAGGAAACAGAGAGUACAUUGCCAAAAAAGCAGGAAAAAGAUAGUAGCAAAGAUUCAGAAAGUUCCCAGUCAACUUGCAGUACAAAUCAAGCAGCAGUCGCAGCACUGAGCGCAGAAGCAGAAGAAAAACCUGUUAAUGCUGAAAAUACUACUGAGCAAAGUCCAACCCCGUCUUCAUCUGAAAAAGAGUCGGGAGAGAAUCCACCUAAGGAAGGCAAGUGUGAAAAUGAGCCGUCACCUGAAAAAAAUACAUUAAGUUCGGGUCCACCGGCUGCUGCCAAGAGCACCCCGCAGGCGGCAACAGUGCCACCGGCUGCUGCCAAGAGCACCCCGCAGGCAGAAGCGGUGCCACCGGCUGCUGCCAAGAGCGCCCCACAGGUGGCAGCAGUGCCAUCCGCUGCUGCCAAGAGCGCCCCGCAGGCAGGAGCGGUGCCACCGGCUGCCAAGAGCGCCCCGCAGGCGGCAGCGGUGCCAGCGACUACUGCCAAGAGCGCCACGCAAACGAGCGCUUCCUUGCUGUCUUCCAAAAACCAAGCGAGUGCCACGCCAUCAGUGACCAAGAGCGUCACCCAGGCGGGCGCCUCGCUGCUGCUGGCCCCUAAGAGCGUCGCUCAGCCAGGCACCUCGCUGCUGCUGGCGCCCAAGAGCGGCGCCCAGGCCGGCACCUCGCUGCUGCUGGCCUCCAAGGGCAGCGCUAAGGCGGGCUCCUCACUCCUAGCCUCCAAGAGCAGCGCGGAGGUGGCUGCCUCGCUGCUGGCUGCUCGGAGCGGCACUCAGCAGGGUGCCUCGCUGCUCACCUCCAAGAGCAGUGCUCAGGUAGCUGCUUCGCUGCUUGCUGCUCGGAGUGGCUCUCAGCAAGGUCCCUCGCGGGCUGGGGCACCCUCCAAGGGUGGCACGCAGGCUGGUUCGCAGCAGCUGGCCUCCAAGAGCAGCUCGCAGGCAGGUGAAAGUCCCGCUAAGGCUUUGUGCAAACCGUUAACCAGUGAAGAUGCAAAGGAAAGACAACCUUUUUUCAACAGACUCUACAAAGCUGUAGCCUGGAAACUGGUUGCUGUGGGAGGCUUCAGCCCUAGUGUAAAUCAUGCCGAACUUCUUAACUCAUCUAUUCAGUCUGUAAAAGCUACCUUAGAUGUUGCUUUUGUUCCCCUGAAGGAGCUUGCAGACUUACCUCAAAACAAGAGCUCUCUAGAAAAUAUCGUUUGUGAACUGAGGUGCAAGUCUGUCUAUUUGGGUACUGGCUGUGGUAAAAGUAUGGAAAAUGCCAAAGCAGUUGCUUCUAGAGAAGCUCUGAAAUUAUUCCUCAAGAAGAAAGUUAUUGUGAAGAUAUGUAAAAGGAAGUAUAAAGGUAGGGAAAUUGAAGAUCUGGUACUUCUGGAUGAAGAAUCAAAACCCUCCAAUUUACCUCCAGCUUUAAGAAAUCCUCGGGAGAUUAUGUAGGCAAGAGUCGCUGUUUGUACCACGUAUAGUAUUUCAAUACAAGGACUGAAGGUUAAUUUUGUACUUUAAAAAUGUAGGCUUCCAGGUAUUUUGUAUUUCUUUCUCAGUUUUGCAAGACGAUUCUCUUCCUUUCACUUGGUAGCAAUUGUAUAAAACUUGUUAGAGAUGACAAGUGUGCAUUUAAAGGUAUGCCUUAAUACAUGGCACACUAGUGUGCUGUUUUAUUUGCAAAAGUCUACCUAAUUCUUCUAUUUUUAAUUAAACGAUUAAGGUACAACUUGCUGUUUAAAACCUGACAAUUUUGUAAUUCUUACGAUUUGAUGGCGGUGUGCUCAAUUGUCUACCAUGUCGUUUUUUUAGUCACGUAGACGUAUGUAUAUAGGGACCAUAAUACUUGAAUGAUUGGAAGUUGUUUUAAGAACUUUGAUCAAAAAGUUGAAUCAUCCAUUUCAGACGUGUUGCUCAUAACGUUCAUUGUUCCUCUUACUAGGAGAGAAAAUAGUUGGUUGACUAUUUCUAUGGGACCUUGUAAUACUUGCAAUAUAAAUGACAUCGUGAUCCCAUUGAAUGUUACACUAGCGGGUAGAUGCCAUUUAACAUUAUAAGAGCAAAUUGCCAUUUAGCAGUCAAGUCACAGCUACUUCAGCCACCAAAACUCCGUAAGUGGAUCUAAUUUAUAUUGUGAAAAAUCCUUUACAGUUUUUUCAAAUAAACGUGGGUUUCUAUACGAAGCAUAUUUUGACUGCUACUGGAACAAUAAAACCUCUGGGAUAUGUGUUUAUAGUACUUUGUUUUUAGCCAUGAACUAUUCCAACCAUUUCAAUGACUUUGCAACACCUUAAGGAAAGCUUUACUUUGAGUGGCUUCAAGAUGUAAUCCCACUAGGCUGAGUUGUUUUCUUGGGAUGCCUAGUUGCAAUACUGUAAUACUAAGUGGACCUGUAAAAUAUUUCUGCUUUUCUAACACUUACUAAGAGGUAGAUGAGCAAAAUCAGGCUGUUGCUGUCUCCUGGGGACAGCAAGCGUAUUGUAAAGUGUUCACACGAGUUGAGCCCUUUGUUACUUUUUUACAUGAUGUUCACAGUGGUUUGAAGCGAAGGAAGCGGGAGAUUACCUUGUUUUCGAUGUUCUGGAAAUACCUGCACAAAUUGCAUGUUCUGAUAUAUUGGAUAAUGACAUGUAAUUGUAAAAACAUGAUGUCUUCAGCGUUGUUUGGAAUUAAUCUUGUCUAAUUACAGUAGUUAGUAUCAUUUAA